GCCGGCCCGCCGCGCCUCGGCGCCCCCAGCCUGAGCGCUCGCGCUUCCCUCUCGCGGCUCCGCGGCGGCCGCGUCGCGCUCAGGGUGGAGCAGUGCGCACGCCCCAACCCCGGGCUGUUUGGCCGCUUCCGUGAGUGGAGCGGACUGGGAUUCCCGCCCGCCGAGCCCGGCCGCGUCCCGCAGGUGCUGCGCUCGUGAGUCGCCGGGGUUCGUUUGAAUUUCCGCACGCAGUGAGUUGCAGAGCCCGAAUUCCUGGAGCUGCCUGGGUGAAGAGCCACAUUUUUUAUUUGCCCCUCGGGAGAGUAGCCGCCUCUAGGACUUGUUUUACAUCUGCAGAUCACCAGUGUGGCUUCCCGGGAGCACAGAGUUGAAUUUGUGACUCAGCUGGACUGAAUACAAGUCUGUGAUCUACCACACUGUCCUUAGCGAGGUCUGCAAAGGACAUGGAUGAAAAUGAGAGCGACCAGCCCCUGAUGACAAGCAGCCAAUAUCCUAAAGAAGUAGUAAGAAAACGCCAAACUUCAGCACGGAAUUCUGGAGAAAGUGAUUCUUCUAGAUUUUCCAGGAAAAGUUUCAAACUGGAUUAUAGACUAGAGGAAGAUGUAACUAAAUCAAAGAAAGGGAAGGAUGGGAGAUUUGUUAACCCUUGGCCGACAUGGAAGAAUAUCUCUAUUCCACAUGUUCUCAGAUGGCUGAUAAUGGAAAAAGAUCACAGUAGUGUUCCGGGUUCCAGAGAGGAACUUGAUAAAGAACUCCCAGUGCUUAAGCCGUAUUUUAUCGAUGACCCUGAAGAAGUUGGCGUGCGGGAAGCUGGCUUGCGAGUCACGUGGCUGGGCCAUGCCUCGGUGAUGGUGGAAAUGGAUGAGCUCGUGUUCCUCACUGACCCGAUCUUCAGCUCCCGCGCUUCCCCAUCGCAGCAUAUGGGACCGAAGCGCUUUCGUCGUCCCCCAUGCGCCAUAAGCGACCUCCCCCCUGUAGAUGCGGUCCUUAUCAGUCACAACCACUAUGACCACCUGGACUACAAUUCUGUCAUCGCUCUGAAUGAGCGGUUCGGUAAUGAGCUGAGAUGGUUUGUGCCUUUGGGUCUCCUCGACUGGAUGCAGAAAUGUGGCUGUGAGAAUGUGAUCGAGCUGGACUGGUGGGAGGAGAACUGUGUUCCUGGACACGAUAAGGUCACCUUUGUCUUCACACCUUCCCAACACUGGUGUAAAAGGACUCUAAUGGAUGACAACAAGGUCCUGUGGGGCAGCUGGUCCGUCUUGGGGCCUUGGAAUCGAUUUUUUUUUGCAGGAGAUACUGGUUAUUGUCCUGCUUUUGAAGAGAUAGGAAAAAGAUUUGGGCCUUUUGACCUUGCAGCUAUUCCCAUUGGAGCAUAUGCACCAAGGUGGUUUAUGAAAUACCAGCAUGUAGACCCAGAGGAAGCUGUAAGGAUUCACAUUGACGUUCAAGCAAAGAAAUCUGUGGCAAUUCACUGGGGAACUUUUGCCUUAGCAAAUGAGCAUUACUUAGAGCCCCCAGUGAAACUGAGUGAGGCUUUAGAAAGAUACGGACUAAAGACUGAAGACUUCUUUGUCUUGAAGCACGGAGAAUCAAGAUACCUUAAUACUGAGGAUGAGAACUUUGAGUAACUAUGAAC